CAACUUUUGAACACUGUUCAAAAUAAUCAUCGAAAUAUUGUUGAUAAGCUGAAUAAUUCAAUAAAACAAUUUCAAUAUUCAAUUCACAAACUGCCUACGCCGAAACAGGAUUCUUCGACAACAACCAUAACAUUAUAUGACAUUGAAAAUAUGCUGAAGUCAGUUAAUUCUAUUGAAUUAUUCUCUGAAAAUUUGACGGAUUUUAAAAAAGAAUUAAAGAAUAUGACUGAUCAAUAUGAUGAAGUCAUCACUAGUCUUAGUCAGACUAAUGAUGAGAAUGCAAUUUCAGAAUUAUCCUUGGAUAGAAAUGUAUUCGAUUCAUUGGAGGAAUACACUCAGGAGUCGGAGUCGCUACAGGUUAUUUGUAAACCUAUGUCAGCAUACACAUUGUCUCUUUAG